GGCUGCCCGCGGGACCCGGACGGCGCGCGGGCAGCCGGCAGGGAGGGCGGCCGGGCGGGCAGCGGCCCCGGCCCGCGUGUGCUCCCCUCGUGCCCCUCGCUGGUCCUCGGACCCCGGCCCGGCGCGCUAGCAGCCAUGGUGGGCCGGCUGAGCCUGCAGGAUGUGCCCGAGCUCGUGGACACCAAGAAGAAGGGCGACGGCGUCCUGGACAGUCCGGACUCGGGGCUGCCCCCCAGCCCCAGUCCCAGUCACUGGGGGCUCGUGGCGGCCGGGGGCGGCGGCAGCGGCGGGGAGCGCGCGCCGGUCCCCGGGACGCUGGAGCCCGACGCGGCGGCGACCCCCGCGGCCCCGAACUCAGCAUCUCUGCCCAGCCCUCUGACCUUUGCCUGCUCACCAAGGCUGUGCCCUCUGUCCUUUGGCGAAGGAGUAGAGUUUGACCCCUUACCACCGAUGGAAGUAAGGUACACGUCGUCCGUCAAGUAUGACUCCGAGCGGCAUUUCAUCGACGACAUCCACCUGCCCCUGGGCCUGGCAGUGGCCUCCUGCAGCCAGACCGUCACCUGCCUCCCUGACUCCACCUGGCGCAGCUACAAGGCAGAAGUGCGCUUCGAGCCCCGCCACAAGGCUGCCCGCUUCCUCAGCACCACCAUCGUCUACCCCAAGUACCCCAAGACCAUCUACACCACCACGCUGGAUUACAACUGCCGCAAGACGCUGAGGAGGUUCCUGUCUAGCGUGGAGCUUGAAGCCUCAGAGGUCCUGGGCAGCGACGGCCUCUCUGAUGAGUGCUGACGGGGGCGGGGUGGGCUCCGACCGGCUCUUCCGCUGCCCUCGAGGGGCCCACGUGCUCCAGAGGAGUCUGGCCUCGUCGUUGUCCCUCAAAGUCCGGCCUGGGGAAGAAAACAAUGUCACAGCCUCUUAUAGUCAUGGAGAGAACUGGGUUUUUUAAAGUGUUCAGAUUGGUCUCCAAAGGCGUGUAUUUCUCAUUUGCCGCUGCAUAGCUUCCCCAAAGUCUCAAUUUGUUGAACAAAUAGAAAGCCAACUGGAGCGAAAGGAAAAUGGCCCCAGUUUGAAAUAGGGAGGGAGAAGAGGGCUCUUCUCCUCUCGGCCGGUUAGCCUGAGGAAGAGCGUGGAUAAAGUCUCUGGGCUGGAAAAAGUGAGCUGUAAGACCUUCCAGCCCCGAGUCGUCUUCCCCCACAGCAGUGCUGGUUCCCUGAGCUGUGACCGCCAACUGGGUCCAACCUGUGGAGAGCUCAGUUCCACUCCGUCAUUUAUUUCCUUUUCCAUUUGUAUUCCUGUUCACCCAAACUCUCGGAAUUCUCUACAUCCUCUUCAUAU